CGUGAAUGUAUAGGGGAUUGGAAGGGACCAUUUCCAUGGGCCAUCUGUCUCACAGGCUGCAGCACUAACAAAAGGAUCCCAGGAUGGUUUUAGUGCAUGUUGGAUAUCUGGUUCUUCCUGUUUUUGGCUCAGUAAGAAAUAGAGGGGCCCACUUCAACAGGCAUCAGCACAGUCAUGCUACCUCCUGCCGGCACCUCCACCUGGGCCCCCAGGCCCAGAUGUCAGCUGACUUCCCCCUGCCCCACCCGGGCCAGCCCCAGCCUGGCAUGACCGCCCACCUGCCCCCUGCCCACCAGCACGCUACUCAGCUCCAUCAGCCCCUCGCGCCCCUGCCUGCCCCACAGUUCCAGGACGUCCCAGGCCCCCCUUUCCUACCUCAGGCCUUACACCAGCAAUACCUCAUCCAGCAGCAGCUCCUGGAGGCCCAGCACAGACGGAUCCUUCCACAUUCGAGACGCACCCAAGAGCGAGUCCCCCUCCACCCUCACCGGCUGCGCUCUGGCUAUGACUACGCCCCUUCGCUGCAUGUCCCUCAGCCAAUAACACAGCAGCCUCGCUACCUGGCGGAAGGCACUGAUUGGGAUCUCAGUGUGGAUGCAGGCCUGUCUCACCAUCAGUAUCAAGUCCAGCAGCUCCCGCAGCACUAUCAGCAUUACCUGGCAUCUCCCAGAAUGCACCACUUUCCCAGGAACACCUCAUCAGCACAAGUGGUUGUUCAUGAGAUCAGAAACUACCCAUAUCCUCAGUUACACCUGCUGGCUCUGCAAGGCUUAAACCCUUCACGCCACGCAUCUGCAGUGCGGGAGAGCUACGAGGAGCUGCUGCAGCUGGAGGACAGGCUAGGAAGUGUGAACCGAGGAGCUGUCCAGACUACCAUUGAGAGGUUCACGUUCCCUCACAAGUACAAGAAGAGGAGGCCACAGGAGCUGAAAAUAGCCAUGGAUGAGGAAGAGUCAGACAUGGAUGAGAAAUGCACAAUCUGUUUGUCCAUGCUGGAGGAUGGAGAGGAUGUCAGGAGGUUACCAUGCAUGCACCUCUUCCAUCAGGCGUGCGUGGACCAAUGGCUGGCCACCAGCAGGAAAUGCCCCAUAUGCCGGGUGGACAUUGAGACCCAGCUGACGCCUGACAGCUGAGGUCUCCCCUGGCAUGCGUCCCGGUCCUAUCUUUCCUCCCCCGCCCCUCAGGCGCUUUGCCAAAUGUUUUCAGUCUUCACCACUUCUGACCCUGCCUUCUGAGCCAACCCAAGACAACUGCAGGAGGGGGAAAAAAA